AUGGGCCAUGCAUCCUUCCAUUCCAGGAACACCUUGCAAAUAGCUGCUUCUUAUAUCUCUAGUAAAGACUCCAAACGCCUGCUCCAGUGGUUAAAAGCUGUUCAGAGGGAUAACUGGACCCCCACUAAGUAUUCGUUCCUCUGUAGCGAGCAUUUCACCAAAGACAGCUUUUCCAAAAGACUGGAGGACCAGCACCGCCUGCUCAAGCCCACAGCUGUGCCCUCCAUCUUCCACCUGACUGAGAAGAAGCGGGGGACUGGGGGCCAUGGCCGCACCAGGAGAAAGGACACUAGCAAGGCCUCAGGGGGCAUGAAGGGUCAUGCAAGCACAGCAGUAGGGAAGGUAACCCCAGGCUCCUCAUCACCUUCCAGUGGAAACCCCAUGGCCAAGCCUGAGUCCCGAAAGUUGAAGCGAGCUGCUCUGCAGGGGGAGGCCGUGCUCCAGGCUGGCCCGGAAACUGUGGGUCGGCAACAGGUACAGGGGUCUCCAGAAAGAAAGCCAGGCAGCCAGGGUGAGACAGAGGCACCUGCUGUAGAAUACCAUGACAAGAAUGCUGCUUCCUCCAGCCCCGGGGUGGGGGCAGACAAGAGUGGCAUUUCUGUGGAUGACUUUACCCCUCUAGGGUCUGGGGCUUGCAAGUUUAUUGGCUCACUCCAUUCUUACAGCUUCUCUUCCAAGCACACUCGAGAGAGGCCGUCUGUCCCCCGUGAGCCCAUUGACCGAAAAAGGCCCAAGAGAGAUGCGGAGCCCAGCUGCAGCGGGAGCAGCCUGGGGCCUGACAAGGGCCCAGCCCAGAGUCCCCCAAGCUCCUCACUCACAGCCACUCCGCAGAAGCCUUCCCAAAGUCCCUCGGCCCCUCCGACUGACGUCACCCCAAAGCCAGCUGCAGAAGCUGUGCAGAGCGAGCACAGUGAUGCCAGCCCCAUGUCCAUCAAUGAAGUCAUCCUGUCAGCGUCAGGGGCCUGCAAGCUCAUCGACUCGCUGCACUCCUACUGCUUCUCAGCACGGCAGAACAAGAGCCAGGUGUGCUGCCUGCGCGAGCAGGUGGAAAAGAAGAAUGGCGAGCUGAAGAGCCUGCGCCAGCGUGUCAGUCGCUCUGAUAGCCAGGUGCGCAAGCUGCGCGAGAAGCUGGACCAGCUGCGGAAAGCGAGCUUCCCUUACCUGAGCGGCCUGCUGCCCCCCAGCCGCGGUCAGUACCGAUCUCCAACAGGGGGCGGGGGAGUCUUCCUGCAUGGUGGCACAUGGCUUCCAGUGCCCUCUGGGUCAAGGCUCCUUGCAUUCUUAAAUGGAGCUCUGGUCAUCACCACUCAUGGGGUAGGAACCCAGGCUAGAAGCUGA